UUGAAGAGCAUACCCGAGGGUCCUGCUGCUCCACUCAACGUUCAAGACCGCGUGAACGCCACCGUCGGUCUUCUUCUCAGCAACGAAGCCGUUCCAGUUCUAGUUACCGGAAAUAUCCAGUUUGUUGGUACCACGCCAAGUUCGGACCACAGGCUCGCAGUGUCUAUAGACCGUCUUAAACCAGCCUUCACGCUGAUUGACACAUCUCCCGAUCCCAUUCCCAUUCCCGAUCCCAAUUUGCAGCAACGGUCCAACUCCAUCCCUGAAAACCUCCCGCCAGUGCAGGAUUCCCAGGCUCAGGAGGACGUCAGACGAACGCGUUCAGGCCGUAAAGUACACUUUCCUGAUUUUUAUCGCCCGUCGUGA